UCUGCUCAGUUAAUUCGCAGUAGGUGCAUGUUAGAGUGCCUAAUGAAUUAACGACAUUGAAAUGGGAGAGAUAGCACUGAGAUGUUACAGUUGAGCUAUAUCCUUAAUUCCUUAUUUUGCCGGUAACGUUAUCAUUGCAACUGUAUAUAAAUUCUCAGUAGUGAAAGAGAUAUCUUCCUGCAUUUGGAUUUCUUAGAAAUUGUUUUCUAUCGCUCUGUACCAGUGAUGCUUAUGUCAUUAAUUUCACUGCCUUUUUUGUUCCCGUUAAUUUUACUACCUUGUUUGCUCUUCUAAGAAAGUUCUUUUUAUCAAUUCCUUGCUAUUAUGCAACCCCAAUAUGCGUAGUUUAGUAACAAGUACGGGUAAUUGUGAACACUACUAUUGUUCUUCAGAAGGCGCAUCUAAUUCAGCCCUGAGAUUUAAAUUGGCUUUGAUUUAAUGAGGAUUAGGGCAUGGGGAACUUUUUCUAUUGGAGUGCUUCAUUGACAGUGAUGAAAGGUGCUAAUGAGUUUGGCCAGUUGGGAGAUGGGACAGAGGAGAGUGCGCAGGAACCCAAGAAAGUCAAGUCACUGGAGACCGAGCUUGUAAAAUCGGUAUCCUGUGGUGCGCAUUGUACAGCUGCUGUUGCUGAGCCUCGAGAAAACGAUGGCACGUUAUCCAAAAGCAGGCUUUGGGUGUGGGGACAAAAUCAGGGUUCUGAUUAUCCUCGUCUUUUUUGGGGAGCUUUCACACCAAACACAGUGAUUAAGCAGGUUUCUUGUGGAGCUGUUCAUGUCGUGGCUCUAUCUGAGGAUGGUCUACUGCAAGCAUGGGGCUACAAUGAGUAUGGUCAGCUUGGCAGAGGUUUUACUUCUCAAGGACUUCAGGGAGCUCGUGUGUUAACUGCUUAUGCAAGGUUCCUUGAUGACGCCCCUGAGCAAGUGAAGAUUGUUAGGGUGUCAUGUGGCGAGUACCAUACAGCAGCUAUAUCAGAAAAUGGGGAGGUGUAUACUUGGGGAUUGGGAAGCAUGGGUCAGCUUGGGCAUUGCUCCCUCCAGUCUGGAGAUAAGGAGCUGAUCCCUAGGCGAAUUGUUGCCCUUGAUAGAAUAGUGGUCACUGACGUGUCUUGUGGAGGGGUUCACUCUUGUGCUGUAACUGAAGGUGGAGCUCUCUAUGCGUGGGGCGGAGGACAUGUGGGCCAGCUGGGAGUCGGGCCUCAGAGUGGCUUCUUCUCUUGCUCUCUUAAUGGAUCCGACAUGCUACUUCGCAACAUCCCAGUCCUGGUCAUACCGUCAGGUGUUCGUCUUGCUACCUGUGGGCACUCUCACACACUGGUAUCUAUGAAAGAUGGCCGUAUAUAUGGGUGGGGCUACAAUAGUUAUGGUCAGGCGGCAAAUGCAAAAUCUACUUAUGCUUGGUUCCCCUCUCCAGUUGAUUGGUGUGUUGGUGAGGUGAGGAGACUUGCUGCUGGAGGCGGACACUCAGCUGUUCUGACUGAUGCAUGUUCGCUAAAAGAGCUGUGUGAGUUCAAGCUAGCAGAGACUGUAAACCUUUCUAAUGCCGAGCUAAUAGAAGAUGUUGCAUCACGGACUGGUGCUGAUGCCUUGGCACGCUUGUGUGAGAAACUAAGGGAACAUGUGCAUGAGCAAGGAGAAUGUGAACUCCUGGAAAAGCAAGUUCCUGAAGAAGCAGAAGCUAAGGCCGAUUAGACCAUUGACAAAUAGUGAAGCAGUCGAGUUGAAGCCAAUUAAACCGAUGGCAAUUCAUUUCAACCUUAAUAUCUUGACCUCCCAGUAAUGUUAGUCAGACAAUAAUUGUUAUGGUCUAUGCGAUUGUGUAUGGACUCACCAAUUGAUUAUGAUUGAUCUGUAAAACCUCAUUUGUGUGCCUCUCAAGUGUAUCCGAGGGCCAGAGAGGCUCCGUACGUAUCAUGAUCCAAGUCCAACAGUCAGGUUGCCGUAGAACCUAAUGGAAACGUGUGUGCUUGUAACUUGAAAGGCUUGUGCGUGCAACUGUAAGUGAUAAACUGAAAUCUGCGACGAUGCUUGUGCUGUUGUGCAAGCAGGAAUGGCUGCUACUGUUAAUCUACAAAGAAGGAUAGAUGCUACCUUUAUAAU